GGGGAGGGGGUGGUGGUCAGUUAGUGGCGUUGGGCUCCGGCCGCCGCCGUGGCAGCGCUUUCUCCUCCGCUCACGGAGAGCUGCUCAGGUUGCAGGCCAACCAGCUCUUGCCGCCGCCUCGGUCGCGAUGGGGGCGCAGGACCGGCCGCAGUGCCACUUCGACAUCGAGAUCAACCGGGAGCCGGUUGGUCGCAUUAUGUUUCAGCUCUUCUCAGACAUAUGUCCAAAAACAUGCAAAAACUUCCUUUGCCUAUGCUCAGGAGAGAAAGGCCUUGGGAAAACAACUGGGAAGAAGUUAUGUUACAAAGGUUCUACAUUCCAUCGUGUGGUUAAAAACUUUAUGAUUCAGGGUGGGGACUUCAGCGAAGGUAAUGGAAAAGGCGGAGAAUCGAUUUAUGGUGGAUAUUUUAAAGAUGAAAACUUUAUUCUCAAACAUGACAGAGCGUUCCUUUUGUCAAUGGCAAAUCGAGGGAAACAUACCAAUGGUUCCCAGUUUUUCAUUACCACAAAACCUGCUCCACACCUGGAUGGGGUUCAUGUCGUCUUUGGAUUAGUUAUUUCUGGUUUUGAAGUAAUCGAACAGAUUGAAAAUCUGAAAACGGAUGCUGCAAGUAGACCUUAUGCAGAUGUGCGAGUUAUUGAUUGUGGGGUGCUUGCCACAAAAUCAACAAAAGAUGUUUUUGAGAAAAAAAGGAAGAAACCAACUCAUUCAGAAGACUUGGAUUCCUCUUCCAAUUCCUCUUCCUCUUCAGAAUCUUCUUCAGAAAGUGAAAUUGAACAUGAGAGAAGCAGAAGAAGGAAACGUAAGAGGCGGCCAAAAGUUAAACAUUCUAAAAAGAGACAAAAGGAAGCAAGCAGUUCAGAAGAGCCAAGGAAUAAACAUAUAAUGAGCCCAAAAGGUCACUCAGAGAGGAGUGAUACCAAUGAAAAAAGGUCAGUUGAUUCAAAUGCUAAAAGAGAAAAGCCUGUGGUCCGCCCAGAGGAGAUUCCUCCAGUUCCUGAGAACCGAUUUUUACUGAGAAGAGAUAUGCCUCUUGUCACCGUGGAACCUGAACCGAAGAUUCCUGAUGUUACACCUGUUGUAAGUGAUCAAAAACCAUCUGUAUCAAAAUCUGGACGGAAGAUUAAAGGAAGGGGCACAAUUCGCUAUCACACUCCUCCAAGAUCAAGAUCAUGUUCUGAAUCAGACGAUGAUGAUAGCAGUGAAACUCCUCCUCACUGGAAAGAAGAAAUGCAGAGAUUAAGAGCAUACAGACCACCUAGUGGAGAAAAAUGGAGUAAAGGAGAUAAAUUAAGUGACCCCUGUUCAAGCCGAUGGGAUGAGAGAAGCUUGUCCCAGAGAUCCAGAUCAUGGUCCUAUAAUGGAUAUUAUUCAGACCUUAGUACAGCAAGACACUCCGACGGUCACCAUAAAAAACGCAGGAAAGAGAAAAAGGUUAAACAUAAAAAGAAAGCUAAAAAGCAGAAACGUUGCAGAAGACACAAGCAGACCAAGAAAAGAAGGAUUAUUGUACCAUCAGACAUAGAAUCCUCAAAAUCUUCCACCCGAAGAAUGAAAUCCUCUUGUGACAGAGAAAGGAGAUCUCGUUCUUCCUCGUUAUCAUCUCAUCACUCAUCAAAGAGGGACUGGUCUAAAUCUGAUAAGGGUGACCAGAGCUCUUCAACCCAUUCCAGCAGAGACUCCUACAGAUCUAAAUCUCACUCGCAGUCUUAUUCCAGAGGAAGCUCAAGAUCAAGGACUCCAUCAAAAUCCUCAUCACAUUCUCGAAGUAGAUCAAAGUCCAGAUCUACUUCCAAGUCAGGGCAUCAAAGGACAGCAUCAAAAUCACCAAGACGAACAACCUCUCAGUUAAGUGAAAAUAAGCCAGUUAAAACGGAACCUUUAAGAGCAACAGUGCCACAAAAUGAAAACGUCGUAGUACAACCAGUGGUAGCGGAAAAUAUUCCUGUAAUACCACUGAGUGACAGUCCCCCUCCUUCAAGGUGGAAGCCGGGACAGAAGCCCUGGAAGCCCUCUUAUGAGCGAAUUCAGGAAAUGAAAGCUAAAACAACCCAUUUGCUGCCCCUCCAAAGCACUUACAGUUUAGCAAAUAUCAAAGACACUGGAAGUUUAUCAUCCUACCAUAAAAGAGAAAAAAAUUCAGAAAGUGAUCGGAGUGCUUAUUCAAAAUACAGUGAUAGAAGUUCGGAAAGUUCACCAAGGUCAAGGAGCAGAUCUUCUAGGAGUAGAUCUUAUUCCAGAUCAUACACAAGGUCACGAAGUCUAGCUAGUUCACAUUCAAGAUCUAGGUCUGCCUCAUCUAGAUCUCAUUCACGAAAUAAAUACAGUGAUCGUUCACAGUGUAGUAGAUCAUCGUCAUACUCCUCCGUUAGCAGUGAUGAUGGAAGACGAGCCAAGAGAAAAUUUAGAUCCAAUGGGAAAAAAAGUAACACUUCAAAUAAGAGGCACAGCAGCAGCUCUGAGAAGAGACUUCGCAAUAAAUAUGUGAAAAGCAGAGACAAGUCUUCGAGUCAGAGGAAGUAUAGCGAAAGCAGGUCAUCUUUAGAUUAUUCUUCGGACAGUGAACAGUCAAGUGUUCAGGUUACACAGUCAGCCCAGGAAAAAGAGAGGCAAGUCCAGAUGGAAAUGAACAAUAAGCAAGAGAAAAACAGAGAUGAAGAGAAAUCCAAGCCUGAACAGGAAUGCCCUCAUUCAAAGAAAAGGGCCUUGAAAGAGAAUCUUUCUGAUCACCUUAGAAAUGGCAGUAAGCCCAAAAGGAAGAAUUAUGCUGGGAGUAAAUGGGACUCUGAGUCAAACUCUGAACGAGAUGUAACUAAAAACAGUAAAAAUAUUUCCCGGCCAUCUUCUGAUAAGGAGGAAGGUGAAGCUACGUCAGAUUCUGAGUCAGAGUUUGGUGAAAUUCACAGCAAAGCCAAACCCCCAACAAAGUCUUCAGCAAGUACUUCGUUGCCUGAUGGUAAUGGUGCUUGGAAAUCAAGUAAGCAGCGGUCUUCAACCUCUGAUUCCGAGGGGUCCUAUUCCAAUUCAGAAAACACUAGAAGAAAGGCACGGAAGCACAAAUACGGGUCAAAGGAAAAUCUUAGACGGGAACAGACCAAAAAAGCAAAGGAGAAACUGAAAGGGAAAAAAGACAAAAAGCACAAGGCUCCAAAACGAAAACAGGCAUUUCACUGGCAGCCUCCACUAGAAUUUGGUGAGGAGGAGGAGGAGGAGACUGGUGAGAAACAAGUUACUCAAGAGGCAAAAGAGAAAAAACAAGUUUCUGAAAAUAGUGAGACCAUGAAAGACCUCUCGCACACCGAGAGGUCUUGCGAAGAGGGCCGCCUUUCAGGUAAAUGUAAUCUCAUCAUGACUUCAUCAGAUACUGGGCAGCCUACUAAAGAGGAUAGUAAACUGGGCGCUUCUCCCACAGCUUUCAGUUCUGACGAACAGGGAGCCGCUUCUCCCUCCAGCAUUCAGCAUAUUGCAGAAAGGGCCCCAAGCGGAGUGGAGGAUGUGCUGCAGACAGAUGACAACAUGGAGAUUUGCACUCCUGAUAGGAGUUCCCCAGCCAAGGAGGCAUCCCCUCUAGGAAAUUCAAGGCUUGCCACCCCAGACGUAAACGUUGUUCUACAACAGGAUAUGCACGCAGAGCAUCCUGAGACAGAGGAGGGAAAACAGGAAAGCAAAACGAUGGGGGACGUGGGGCAGCGGGACAGCAGCCCUGCUAGCCUGGCCAGCGCCACAGAAAGCGCCGUGAAGAGAGAGGCGGCUGAGAAGAGCCAGAUGGGCCUCCUGGAUAACAAAUGGAAGCCCCUGCAAGGGGUGGGGAAUCUGGCGGCACCGACGGCCCCCACGGCCAGCGCCACGGAGGUGAAGGCACUGACUGCUGCUCCUGAGAUGAAGCCACAAGGCUUGAGGAUAGAAAUUAAAAGCAAAAAUAAAGUUCGGCCUGGGUCUCUCUUUGAUGAAGUAAGAAAGACGGCACGCUUAAACCGGAGGCCAAGGAAUCAGGAGAGUUCAAGUGAUGAGCAGACCCCUAGUCGGGAUGGGGAUAGCCAGUCCCGGAGUCCAAGCAGCUCUCGUAGUAAAUCUGAAACCAAAUCAAGACACAGAACACGGUCUGUCUCCUACAGUCACUCAAGAAGUCGAUCGCGAAGUUCCACAUCAUCUUAUCGAUCAAGAAGCUAUUCUAGAAGUCGGAGCAGAGGAUGGUACAGCAGAGGCCGCACAAGAAGCCGGAGCAGUUCCUACCGCAGUUACAAAAGUCAUAGGACAUCCAGCAGGAGCAGAUCCAGGAGCAGCUCGUACGACCCCCAUAGUCGGUCCAGGUCCUGCACUUACGAUAGCUACUACAGCACGAGUCGGAGUCGCAGCAGAAGCCAGAGGAGUGACAGUUACCGCCGAGGCAGAAGGUACAGCAGGCGAUCCAGGAGUUGUAGAUCUUACGGCUCUGACAGUGAAAGUGACCGAAGUUACUCUCAUCACCGGAGCCCCAGUGAAAGCAGCACAUAUAGUUGAAAAUGUCCCCUUUUUUGAUACAAAUUAUAUGUUAUUUGUAAAUAUCUGGUAACUUAAAAAUGUAAGAAACUUAAUGGCAGUCUGUUGUUCUAUUUCAACAUUAGAAAUAAGUUU